CACGGUUCGUGCAGUUCGGUUCAGUUCGUAGGCGAGCCAGACGAGCUCCGUUUGGCUCCGUUACGUCGGACGUGACGAAGCGUUCGCAGCCUCCUUCACGGGACUCUCGGGCAUUUCUCGCGUCUUCAUCGCCGUCGUCGCCGUCGUCAUCGUCGCCCUCGUCGUCACCGCGGUAGUUUAUAGUGAUCGUCUACGUGUGGACGACGUUGCGCGACGAAGCUCGCCUGCGAAGAGACAGACGCCUGUGUGAAAUCGUGAAGUGUGAGAAUAAUCGUGAAAUCGACCAGGACCCUACGACGAGUACACUUCCGGAGAAGCAAAGUAGCGCUCAAGUAUGUUGGUUGUACUUCUUCCUAUUGAAUCUCGACGCGAGGUCGACAAAGAAGCGUAGAGAAGCGACAGAAGUCACGUCGAUGAAGCAUCCGCGAAGCGGGAUCACCACGAAGUCGUCGAAGUUGCUCUUGAGACGAAAUUCCUCGCGCGGGAAAAAAUUUGCAGUGAAAAAACGGCGGUGAAAAUACAGGAUACAAAUCUCCGUCGAGAAGAAGGAUUUCAUACACACACACACACACACACACACACACACACACAGGCUACCUCUCUCUUUCGAUCCACUAUUUUCCGAUAUAAUUGAAAAGUUCGAAAAUGAAUCUUCUCGCGGGCGCGAAACUCGAGACGAUGGGACCGAAAUAAGUGCGUGAAGUGAUAUAUAUAUAUAUAUAUAUAAAUAUAUACGAACGAACCGGAAGUCGCGAAUGUAUCCGUAGACCGAGAGUACCACCCGCUGAAUCGGAGUCAAGGUCUCUCGGGGACUCACGUGAAAUCACGUUGGAAGUCACGGUGGUCAGACAGUUUUCGAGAUCCUCGCUAGAUAUUCGGCACGUUACACGCAACAGGAUUCAAAGUGCCCCGGCCUCAGGGGUGAGAUGGCCUUCAUGAUGAAGAAGAAGAAGUACAAAUUCUCGGUGGAGGUCGACCUCGAAGAGCUCACGGCGGUGCCGUUUGUCAGUGCUGUGCUCUUUGCCAAGCUGAGGCUCUUGGACGGCGGUUCGUUCGUCGAUCAUUCCACCAGAGAGGAAGUGCAGGAGCAUACAGUGAGAUGGAACGCGAAGUUCGACUUUCUAUGCAAGAUGAGCGCCAAUGCAUCCACGGGCGUGCUCGAUCCAUGCAUUUUAAGGAUAUCCGUGAGAAAGGAAUUGAAAGGGGGCAGAUCCUUCCAGAAACUGGGUUUUACCGAUCUGAACCUGGCCGAAUUCGCAGGAGCUGGUCUCUGCCGAAGAAGAUGCCUUCUGGAAGGCUACGAUGCGCGACAUCGUCAGGAUAAUUCCAUGCUACGCGUAGCCAUCAAGAUGAAUAUGCUCUCCGGAGAUAUUCUGUUCAAAGUCCCUUCCCCGUCGUUAAAGCAGACGCAGCUGGCGGUACCCGGAGUGCAAGGUGUACCUGGCGUUACCGGUGACGAGGUGACAGCAUCCGAGAGAUGCACUAAUCGGGAGGAUUACGUGUCUACCGGCUCGCUGGCAGGAAGUAUAGCUAGCGCCAGUAGCGGUUUCGGUAGUCUUCCCAAAAAGAGGCCCGCACUCUUCUCCUCCGAACUUCUUAGCGGAACGGAGACGUACGACCCGAUGACUCUCAGCGAAAUCGUACCCUCAGCGAUUCCAGUGGAAGCUCUCGUGGAAGCGCACACGGAAUCGGGUCACUCGCGCAACAGCAGCAACACCAGUCAACUUAGCAAAGGGUCUGGCUACGGUUCUUUGAACUCGCAUAGUCAACACAGCAGACAAAGCAGCAGCGGUGACAGCGGUCACAUUAGCCUCAGGCGACUUCCUCAUUCUCAAUCUCUCGACUCUAACUACGAAACUCUGGACUUUCUGUCUUUUUUUUACUUUACGUCACCCUCCUGGCCGGUAUGGGCACCACGAAUUCCCAACUCCUUCCAGAACACGUCCGCACAACCGAUCGAGCGUCGACCCGAUCCCUGUAUCGAAUCCUCGUCGUCGCCGAACCCGUCCUCCUUGUCGCACGCGGUCUCCAGAACUCGAUUCUGGUCAGACUCGAGUCCGCUCACCUCGCGUAGCGGCCUGACAGAUAUGGAAAACGUGUCGUUGACCGCCGGGAUUAUCGCGAACCACGUUUAUUCAGUCGGAAAGCAGCAGCCGCUUUACGCGAUCGGGAACGGUUUCUUGAACAACAUGAGCAAUUCGCGAGCGAACAACGAUCGCGAGAACGAUGCGGACGUCCUAGUGGCGUCCGGUGUCUUCAGGAUGCCCGACGUGCCGCGACACUCGCGCAAGAAUUACGAGAGGGCCGGCUUCGAGUUGCGGAACGAGCGUAACGCGAUGAUGAGCUCGAUCGCGAAGGAGAACGACCGGCAGCAGAAUAACGUCUUCCCGAUCGCGAAGCCGAGAAUCAGCGCCACGGGCUGGCGCGGUAUGUCCAAGACCUGCGACUGCAUCGAGAAGGGCAAAACGAGCCCGGUCUUGCGACUGGUCGAUCAGGCCAGAGCCGUGUCCUCUCCCGAUCCUCUCCAUAGGCCCGACAAUCAAAGAGCCUUGCUACGUCCCGCGAUGACAGCUCAGACCCUCAGAAAUCCCUCCGGCGGUUCGGGUCUCAGCGAAACUGGAUCCCUGGAUCGUGCUAAGGCAGCGCUGGAACGUAGGAAAAAGGCGGAGGACGGUACUGGUAAUCCUAUCCUCUGUAGAGUUGAAGUCACCAGGCCGAAUCCUGACUCUCUCAUCGACGAGCUGCUUAAAGCGACGAAUCUGGAGCAGACGGAUCUCGAAAGUUCCGAGACAACCGGUCUUCAACUCUUUAUCGCGAAAGACGGGACGACCGCUCUUGGCAGCCACGAGGUGAAGAGCCAAAUGCCUGCCGGAGUGUUCAAACAGGUGGUGAUGGAGGAGAACAAUAGGUAACACGAAGCCAUCACUACGAGACGGCAAUACCCAAGACAGACCAGCACCACGUUCUCGUUGGCCCUGGUGCCGGAGCUCGUCUACGAGACCUACGAGCCACGGUAGUCAUAAGGGAGAGGACGACGAUGAUGUCGACGACGGACGGGAGAUCGUCGACUCGGAAGAAACAGCCAAACGCGAUCGUAUUCUCAAGAUUGUGUGCCGGAUUAUUCUCUUAUUAGAUCGUUUUAAAUUAUUACAAAAGAUAAGAAGAAGGAAGAAACACGCAUCGACGAAUUUUUUCGUGAAUCGAACUGAUAUCCUUCAGAAGAAACACGUUCGUUCCCUUAUUUUGUACGAAAUCCAUUGGAUGGAUUCGCGGAAGACCGAGGCUAACGCUAAUCGUUUCGUGAGCGCACGUGAAUAAUUAUUAAUAAUAAUAAUCAGGCGGCUCGCGAGAUAUCGUUUACGUGCGUUUCAAUAUUCGGCCGGCUCGAAGAAAACAUUUAUACAAGGAUUUCGAAUUUUCCCAGAAUCCCGAAACGAAAUUGCACGCUUGCAGCUAUCCGUAAUGUCAGCCGUGCGUGCGAAACAGUUAAGGACGAUGACAAACACUGGUUGUUUGUAACAUCGAACGAAAUAGUCGCACGUUUCCGAAACUAAUUAAAAAACAAAUACAUAUACAUAUUUUCUUCCUUGUGAAACGAAGCACAAUGAUCCUUGUCAAGUGUGUUUCACGCUUGACAGGAGCGUUAGUCAAUAAAGUUUAACCAAGAAGGAGUUACAGUGUAGUAAAGAACUAGUUAUUAAAAAAAAAAAAAAAGAAAUAACGACAGGCUAAAUAUGGUCGAGGUCCGACGAAACUUUGCGAUGGAAAAUAACAUCUAUAGACAAAACUUAAGCACCAAUUUGAUUCCAUCUAUAGCUAUGCGACGACAUCUUGUCACAUGUGUGCAGUGUAAAGUCAAAAAGAUAAGCAUGAAGAAACAUUAAAUUGAGAGAUAUUAUCUGUAUCGUAUGGUUACAUUGUGUAGUGAAAAGUAUUUUCAACAGCAUUUUCAACAAUAUUAGUCUAACGAAGAAUGUCCGGUUGGUUUUGCUGAUACCUCUUUUGAGAAUUAAUAUUUUACAAUUUCUCUGCAUUAAAAUGUAUUUUUGUUUUCCAAUGUACAGUAUAGAGUUUUUUUAAAAUCUUCUCUGAUUAGUUUCUGUUGCGCUCUUUCCUUAUUUUUUUACGAAGUUACUGCGUGUAAUUAAUUAAUUAAAUAAACGUUCGAGUGACGAGCCGAAAGAUGAAACUUUAACUGAGCUGAAGUAAACGAAGCAGUCAGUCAAAGAGACUAAUGUAAAUUUAUAAUUUUUCAGAUAUUAUGCAAUGUAUAUAUAUACAUAUUUGUGAACUUACAAAGUAGAUUUACAAAAAGUAGAUUUAUAAUCUCUGUAUGAUAUAUUGCUUUCAAAUAUCUUUGCUUUGAGAAAAUAGGGCACAGUGUUAUGAUCCUUCCUGAAACAUUUUGUGGAUUUUAGUAGAUUUCUAAACUCUAUUCUUUGGUGGAAAUAUAUAAACUUGGAGACAUUUUUUUCUGUAUAAAUGUUUCACGACUGAAUAUAUUUUACGUACCAUUAUUUUAUUAUCGUGUUCGACGAAGGAUGUGGAUCUUCGUUUCGUCGAACCUUCUCCAAAGGCCCGGUGAAUUUUUCGAUUGGCACGUGACCGGCUCUACCCAGUAGAGUAAUCUGUAUAUAUAGCCGUAGUAACUGUUAUGUAGCUAAAUCGCUGAUGUUAUAUACAUGCAUUCUCUCCGUAUUCGAAUAAUCUAUAAGUGCUACUGUAUAUUGCGCUGAUGUAUCAAAAAGUAUGCAAAAACACGUGUUGCGUGCAUGCGAGUGUGCGUAUGUGUAUGCAUGUUUGCGUGUGUCGCUUUGGGGGAGUUUUUCGUAUGUCUUACAGAAUGAGAGAAAUUGUGAAAGGCGUGUGUCUGAAUUGGUUUAACAGAAUAGCGAGUACUUCCAGCGUCCGCAAGGUCCGUUUCGCAAAUUAGUCUGAGUGUUUCGGUCUUUGCGGUUCGUCGCAGAGAGAAAAAAAGAAAGAGAAUUAAGGCUUCUGGGUCCUCACAAACCCAGAUAUUAGAAUUGUCAUGUUAGAGGCGACAAAGCACACGCUAAAAAUUCUUGCGCGCCAUUUUUAGAUGAAAAGAUAUUUCGAUGAAAUACUAUUAAAAUACCUCGAAAACUAUUCUUUUCUUUUGAUAGUCAAUCAACAGCCGUAAAAUAAUCGCAAUAUCAGACUUUGUCAUGCGGAAUGACAUAUUGGGCCUCAUAUUACAAUCAUGUUACAACUGUAGAUUGAUCAUAAAGGGGAAAGUUAAGAGUGUGCUAAAGCUAAUCUGAAGUGCUGUUUCGAAAUAUCUUGUUAUUUCGAAAUGACAGCUAAGAUUUUUAGCGUGUGUUUUCUCGCCUCUGACGUCACAAUUCCAAUACGGUAAGCGAGGAGUCAGAAACUUUUAACGCGGAGAUGUAAAAUUGUAUGCACAAACGCUUCUUCGGAACGCUCUAAAGCCAUUUGCAGGUACGGUUUUUCGGUAUCGAUCUUGAACACGCUUGAACAGGCGACGAGCGAUUUCCUUCCGAGAAUUUUCAAAGUGUUUUCCGAUUUCAGGAUUUCAAGAUCGAGUUCAUUAAUUGCGCCAGUCUCGAAGAGACUGUAGAAGCGAUGAUGAUAUUUGUCGAACUAUCUGGCGAUUCAGAUUCGUGUACCCGAUCGUAAAUCACACGUUUGAUAAAAUGAGCGGCCAUUACACGCUGUAAUGUUGCUGUUUUUCUUAUA